GAAGCGCGAGGCGGAAUUGGGGUCUGCUCUAAGCUGCAGCCAGAGAAACAGAGUGAAGGGAAGAGGGCCGUCUCCCUCCCGGUCUCCAGUUUUUGCACGCUCUUUCUUAGAGAGUGUGCUGUGAGAGAACUCUGCCGGUAACCAGCUCCCCUUCUUGCAGGAGGGAGGGAGAAACAUACAUUUAUUCAUGCCGGUCUGUUGCAUGCAAGCUUCUUGGCUUCCUACCUUGCAACAAAAUAAUUGCACCAACUCCUCAGCGCCGAUUCCGCCCACAGAGAGUCCCGGAGCCAGAGUCGCUUUGGCUUUGCACUGCAGGAAAGGGACUUAGGCGCUAGAGACGAUGUCGCUUUCCUGAGCUACCGCGAGCUCUUGUGAACUGCAAUCGACUGCUUCAGGGAAAGGGGGGAAAAGACUUGCCCCGGAGGCGGCGAGAAACUUGCAUUUGGAAGACACUCCGGCCACCAACGUUUGGAGAAACUCCUCGCCGCGGCCGGCUUCAGCCUCAGCGCCCACAGGGAGCACUUCAGCGGUGAGGGAGGACGGAGGGCCGCGGGGACUCUAGGUCGGCGGCGGGAGGCGGCGGCCCCUGGCCCGCGCGGCGCUCAGGGGACCCUGGUCUCCGCCCCGGGGAGCCCGCAGGGCCCGGCGACCGCGCCGCAAGCGUGUGAGCGCGCGUGGGCGCCCGGCAAGCCGGGGCCAUGGUACAGCAGACCAACAACGCGGAGAACACGGAGGCGCUGCUGGCCGGGGAGAGCUCGGACUCAGGCGCCGGCCUGGAGCUGGGCAUCGCGUCCUCCCCGACGCCCGGCUCCACCGCGUCCACCGGCGGCAAGGCGGACGACCCCAGCUGGUGUAAGACGCCCAGUGGCCACAUCAAGAGACCUAUGAACGCUUUUAUGGUAUGGUCGCAGAUCGAGCGGCGCAAGAUCAUGGAGCAGUCGCCCGAUAUGCACAACGCCGAGAUCUCUAAGCGGCUGGGCAAACGCUGGAAGCUGCUCAAGGACAGCGACAAGAUUCCGUUCAUCCAGGAGGCGGAGCGGCUGCGCCUCAAGCACAUGGCUGACUACCCUGACUACAAGUACCGGCCGCGAAAGAAGGUGAAGUCGGGCAACGCGGGCGCUGGUUCGGCGGGCGCAGCCAAGCCCGGGGAGAAGGGCGACAAGGUCCCGGGCGGCAGCGGGCACGCGGGAAGCGGCCACGCGGGGGGUGGCGCGGGCGGCAGCUCCAAGCCCGCGCCCAAGAAGAGCUGUGGCCCCAAGGUGGCGGGCAGCGCGGUCGGCAAGCCUCACGCCAAGCUCGUCUCGGCUGGCGGCGGCAAAGCGGCUGCCUCAUUCUCUCCGGAGCAGGCCGCCCUGCUGCCUCUUGGGGAGCCCGCGGCAGUCUACAAGGUGCGGACUCCCAGCGCGGCCACCCCCGCCGCCUCCUCCUCGCCGUCCAGCGCGCUGGCCACCCCCGCCAAACACCCGACUGACAAGAAGGUGAAGCGCGUCUACCUGUUUGGAAGCCUGGGCGCUUCAGCGUCCCCCGUCGGAGGCCUGGGAGCAGGCGCCGACCCCAGCGACCCGCUGGGGCUGUACGAAGAUGGGGGUCCCGGAUGCUCUCCGGAUGGCCAGAGCCUGAGCGGCCGCAGCAGCGCAGCAUCAUCGCCCGCGGCCGGCCGAUCGCCCGCUGAUCACCGCGGCUACGCCAGCCUACGUGCAGCCUCGCCCGCCCCGUCCAGCGCGCCCUCGCACGCGUCCUCGUCGCUCUCCUCGUCCUCUUCCUCCUCCUCGGGCUCCUCCUCGUCCGACGACGAGUUCGAAGACGACCUGCUAGACCUGAACCCCAGCUCAAACUUUGAGAGCAUGUCCCUGGGCAGUUUCAGCUCCUCAUCGGCGCUCGAUCGGGACCUGGAUUUUAACUUCGAACCCGGCUCAGGCUCCCACUUCGAGUUCCCGGACUAUUGCACGCCCGAGGUGAGCGAGAUGAUCUCGGGAGAUUGGCUGGAGUCCAGCAUCUCCAACCUGGUCUUCACCUACUGAAGGGAGCACAGGCCAGGGAGAAGGAGGGCCACGAGGCAGGAGAGGAGAGAGGAAAAGAAAAACAACAACAAAAAAAA